AUGGUUAAUGAUAUCUGCAUGGCUCAUUUCCAGCGUGAUAAGAGUCCGAACAGCUGUUUUUGUUUGAAUAACAUAAAUAAGAAGUUGGAUGGGAACGUUAAGACCACUCAUUUCUUUUAUUUUCUUCUGGAAUUCCUGCAACUGACGUUUGUACUCUACCACAGACAUUGGAAGACUGUCGCAAAACACCCAACUACCCCAUUUUUAUGUCUUGAUUUGCAUGCGCACACGCAAAAGCAAAAAUGUUUGCAUACCCUGCACACCAUUCCAUCCACUUGGUCCCCCUUCACAUAUAAUGGAAAAGAGUACAAGUACUUUACUACCUCAAACUCACAAAUCUACAAGGAUACCGAUUUAAAUGUAUGGUUCGACGAUAAAAUCCUGAAGCCAAUCUUGACGGAACUGGAGGAAUUUCCAAAUUUAAAAUCACAAUUUUCUAAUAUUUCCAAUGAUCAGCUCCAGUUGUUAACUAAAAAAGGAGUGAUGCCCUACGAUUAUAUCGACUCAUUCGAAAGAUUCGAUGAAACUCAGCUUCCUCCAAUAGAGUCAUUUUACAGUAAAUUGUAUGACAAGCCAUGCCCCCGUAGACACUACCUUCACGCCAAGCUGGUAUGGUCGAAAUUUGGCUGUAAAGACUUGGGUCAAUAUGUUGACCUCUACAUGAAAACGGACAUUAUGCUGUUAGCCGAUGUUUUUGAGCAGUUUCGAUCCAGCUGCCACAACACCUAUGGUCUCGAUCCUGCUCAUUAUUUCACACUACCAGGGUUCACGUGGGACGCCAUGCUGAAGCAUACAAAGCAAGAGUUGGAACUGCUUACCGAUGUAGACAUGUUUCUAUUUGUUGAGCAAGGUAUCCGAGGAGGAUUGAGCCAAGUUUGCUCUAAACGAAGAGCUCAAGCAAACAACAAGUACAUGCCUAAUUAUAAUUCAUCAAAGCCAGACUCAUAUUUGAUGUAUUAUGAUGUAAACAACCAAUAUGGUUGGGCAAUGUCUCAGUCGUUACCAUAUGGAGGCUUUGAAUGGGCUGACACUAAUAUCGACGUCACAGCUAUUCCUGAUGAUGCUGAUAAAGGAUGUAUUUUGGAAGUCGACUUGGAGUAUCCACAUCGCCUCCAUAAUCUACAUAAAGACAUUCCUUUCUGCCCUGAACACAUCAAUCCAAAGACGAUGAAGCCUCCAACGAGAUCAUCUCAGCCUACCAAGUUGAUGGCAACGUUAAAUCAUAAGGAGAAGUAUGUCAUCCACUACCGCACCUUGAAACAGGCGCUGAAGCAUGGCCUAGUGUUGAAAAAGAUUCACCGAGUACUCAAGUUUCGACAAUCCCCAUGGCUUAAAUCCUAUAUUGACCUCAACACCAACCUCCGUAAACAGGCAAAAAAUGAAUUCGAGAAAAAUCUCUUCAAACUCAUGAACAACGCUGUUUUCGGGAAAACGAUGGAGAACAUUCGUAAGAGAGUCAACGUUAGGCUUCUGACGGAGUGGGCGGGGAGAUAUGGCGCUGAGUCGUAUAUUUCCAAACCCGAGUUUAAGAACUGUAUCAUUUUCAAUGAGAACUUGGUAGCAGUUGAGCUCGGGAAAUUGGAAAUCUGGCUGAAUAAGCCCAUAUACGUCGGAAUAUUCACUUUGACCAUACUCCCUAUUUUAUUUCCUGCAGUGACGUUCAAGAGCAAAAAGCCUGCGAACCAUUGGAAACCCUCUAAAAUUGAGGUGAAAAACGGUUUUAUUCUACAUGUUAAAGAAUUUUCUGAUCUUGAGAAUGAGCUCACGAUACUAGCUCAAAGAUAUGAAACAUUUGGACUCACAGCUCAACCAAUCCCAGUGAUUGUUGGAGAAAACUUGAACGGGUCAGAGUAUUUUGUAUGUGUUGGCAACCUCAAAUACAAAGUUGACAUUGUGCUGAAGGCAGUUGACUUGUGUUUUAAAAUAUAUUUCGCUACCAAUACCCAGUAUCCAAAGGAAUGUGAAGCAGCCUCGAUAUUCAUCCAGUGGUAUUUAUUCGAUAUUAAAACAUCUUUCGAUAAAAGUUCUAUCAAUGAUUCACUUGAUGAUCGUCUCAGUAAAAAAAUUGAAAAGUUGCCAGUAUUACCCGUUACAUCAGAUUAUUCUUCAAAUCAAACAGAAGAAGUUUAUAUCAGUAAUGUAAAUCAACAUGUUGAUAAUCGAAUAGAUUUGAAAAACAUUCAAAACUUAGUAUUUUCUGACCUUAGAGUAUUUUUAUCCAAGCUUUAUAAUAAUUCUUUAUUGACACAUUUUGGAACAGAAUACGAAAGGUUUAAAUUCUUUAGAGACAGUGGUGAAUUCAUACCUCCCUUAGAUUAUAAGAUAGGAAAUAGAAAUAAUCAUGUUGCCGACAAAGCCCAAAACAGACCAAUGCAAAGAUUGAUCAGUAAGCCAGUUAUUGGAAAAAUCAUUCCUUCAAGGGAAGUAUUCAAAGUUUUUUUCGAGAAACCAGGUGUUUAUGCCAAUAUUCAAAAUAACUGCAAACAAAUUUUAGAUUCCAAAACUUCAGUUGAUUUUAUACAGGAUGAACUAUGGAAAACUAAAUCAUCUAGUUAUUUGGAAUCUGGCAAAAUUGUUUAUCCAUUAUUUUUAUACUUUGAUGACUAUCAAGCUGGAAAUCCCUUAGGUUCUCACUCUGACAAAAAUAAGUUAGGUGCCGUUUAUGUAAAGAUUCCCUGUUUUCCAGAAGAACUUCUCUCGUCUUUGAAUAACUUAUUUUUGUUUGCACUGUUUCACUCCAGUGAUAGAAAAAAAUAUGGAAAUAAAGCAGUUUUCAAAGAUGUCAUCUCAGAAUUGAAUUUCUUGCAAGAAACGGGUAUUGAAAUUGUGGUGAACUCCAUGAAAAUACAGACAUAUUUCAAAUUUGGAUCAAUAAUAGGAGAUGAUUUGGGAAUUCAUUCUAUGUUAGGAUUAACCGAGAGCUUUUCUGCAAACUAUACUUGUAGGAUGUGUAAAGUACAUAAGAGGCAACUAAAGAUUUGUACUAGCUUGCCUGGAAAUCUAUUGAGGACAGUUGACUCGUACAAUGAUGAUCUUUCAAAGAAUGAUGUCAGUUUGACAGGAAUUAAAACAUAA